AGUGCACCUUAACCGACAUCGUACUAUAUUCUUAUCCCUCGCUCAUCCACCAUGUGACACACAUACACUCUCACCCAUCACCGAGCUGCUGGCGCCUCAGCCAGCAACUCCAUCCCUCUGUGGGUCCACGCCAGUUCACCUUUCUCCUCCGACCAAGCAGGCCAUCUUGAAUUCCACAGUGGCGAUCCUCGCCAUGAUUUUCUUCAUCCGUUCACAAUUGUUGAAAUUUAAUUGAAGCCAGUGGAAAGUGAUAGACUUUGUCCGCGAGUAAUAAAAUCGAUAAAGUGAAAGUGGUAGCAGUUCUUCCCUCGUCCCGUCGUCCGGAUUUAUUCGAGGGGAAGAAUGGAACCGGAGCCCGGCAAGUACGGAAUGGAACCGGAACCCGGCAAAUACGUGCGAAUCAUGCACGCAAGCGACGAGGAGGACAACACUGAAAUUGAACAGCUCCCGAGCGAAAGCGAUAGCUACUCAGAGCACGACUCGGAAGCUGAAGAAGCGGUUGAUCCACAAAUGCUUGAGGAAACGACUGUCUCUCCGCCCUUGCCACCGCCACCCAGUAGUACGGACAGGAUAGCAGUGGUGGAGAAAGCCAUUGUCGACUUGGCUCAACUGCUCCUGGAAAAGCCUUGGGAGAAAAAAGAAGCCACAAAACCGCCGACCGAAGAAUCAGCCGCAACAUGGGGAGGACUUGACGGCAGCUCUACGCCAGCGGAACCAGCGUCCGCGAUUCGGCUGGACAAUAUCCCUUCAUUCCCGAAGGAAAUCCCUGCGGGUGGAAUGUGGGAAGCAUUCGACCACUUUAUUGAAAAGUUCGAGAUUGCCAUUACAUUAAACAGUAUUACUGAUCCAACACGCCAAGCCAAACUCCUGUACCUUGCCAUCGGAGAUGAUUUACAGACGAUAGUGCGCGCCGCAGGACUCCGGCCGAGCCUUGACGUACCGGACUGUUAUCGGAAGAUGGUCAACAACAUUUCGGAAUAUUUCCACGGCAUGACGGAUACGGCCGCGGAGCACGAAGCUUUCACCAAGAUGAAGCAGGAGAGCGGUGAAUCAACCAUGGCCUUUCAUGCGCGUUUGAUGGCGAAAGUUCAAUUGUGCCGGUACAGCCCUGCGGAUCAAGUUCGUUUCGUACGAACCCAGUUAUUCAACGGCAUGAUUGAUCAAGAACUGGCCAACCAAGGGAGAACAUUUGGAUACGACGCAGCGUAUAUCGUUCAGGCGGCAGCAAGGAAAGAGGCUUUUGGAAAAGGAACUACCAGCCUACCGGAAGGCGCCAUACAGGCCGUAGGACGUACAGAAACCCCCCAUCAUGGAAACCAACGUUCGUAUCCCUCAAACUUUCGCGCAAGAAAUUUCGAUGGAAACAACAAUCAACUCACCCACGCCGACAACCAGCAGCGAGCAGCCCCAUUUCGUCGCCAGGGAAACCAACAACCCCGCCGAUAUGGUAAUGGACAAACCUACCGUUACAGCAACCAACAGCAGCAUCGUAACUCCCCUCAAGGGACUUUCCGUUUGGGCAUAUAUACCCUUCGAUGAACCCUUGACAACUACUCUUGCGUCGGCGUAAUCUACUAAUCACUAAAUAUGCACGGUUACUGUCAAGUAAUCAAAAUAAAUAACGCUCUGACUUGAUUCCAUCCACAGUGCGUUAACACACUUUCCAUGGCAGAUGUACUCAUACACUGCAGGCUGGGUACGUCCAGCCCUAUAGAAUUCCUCAUCGACUCGGGUGCGGACGCGAACAUAAUUGGAGGGCAAGACUGGGAUCAACUUCAACGGGAGUAUAAGGCAGGCUCAAUUAC